AUGGGAAUGAAGUCAAAGAAGGGUCAAAAGCCUCCAAAUUGGAGACGGCCUUCAACCUUCGCCCAGAAGGUAACUAAGCAAAGCGUGGAGAUAACUGAGGAGGUUGUUGGGACAAUGACGGAAAAAAGAUCUUGUCUCCAUUGUGAUAGAUAUGUUGAUUUGGAUAAGCUGUUGAAAACGAUUGAAUCUUCUCAACAAAUUAAGUGUGGAGAAUGUAACCAAGGAUUGCACGUGAAGGGAGGAGGAAGUAAGUGGAGCAUGAGUGGAAACUACGGUAAGUGGAGCAUGAGUGGAAACUACGGGUUUUGUUUUUCUGCUAGAAAGGCUAUUUGGGUUUGCUUGGAAUGUGGCUAUUACGUCUGUGGAGAUGUUGGUUUGCCGACUGGAUCUCAGAGUCAUGUUGUGCGGCACUUCGAGUUGACGCGUCACCGUUUGGUGAUUCAGUGUGAAAAUCCUCAGUUAAGAUGGUGUUUCCCAUGCCAAUCACUUGUCUCUUUUGAGAAAGAAGAGAAUGGUGAGAAGAAAGAUUUGUUGCUGGAAGUUGUGGAAUUGAUUAGAGAACGAUCUUCAAACACGUCCUCAGCUAGAGUUGAAACUGAAAAUUUAUGGUCAGGAAGUGGUGGUUUCACUGGUGGUACACGAGAAGCAAGAGAUGGAUAUGCUGUAAGAGGUUUAGUUAACCUUGGGAACACAUGUUUCUUUAACUCUGUAAUGCAGAACCUUCUCUCUUUGGAUCAAUUACGUGAGCACUUCUUGAAAGAAGAUAUGUUUGGUGGCGGGCCUCUCGUUUCUUCCUUGAAGGAAUUAUUUGAAGACACAAAAUCAAAGGUAAGCUUUUUCAGGAAUGCAAUAAAUCCAAAAGGCUUAUUCUUUUCUGUCUGUUAUCAGGCUCCCCGAUUUAGGGGAUAUCAGCAGCAUGACAGUCACGAGUUGCUAAGGUAUUUGUUGGACGGUUUGAGCUUUGAAGAAUCAAGCAUGAGGCAAAAGCUUGGUGAUUCUAAUAGUGAUGAUGACAGUUUUACACAUCAGAAACCUACUCUCAUAGAUUCUAUAUUUGGAGGUGAAAUUUCAAGCACUGUUUCUUGUAUGGAAUGUGGGCAUUCCUCAAAAGUGUUUGAACCCUUUCUGGAUCUCUCUUUACCUAUUCCGUCCAAGAGAUCUCCUCCUGAAAAGCAACAAACCCUUUCUCCGGAACAAAAGGUUGGUAAUAACGGGGGAGUCAGCAAAGAUUCAGACGUUGUGUCAGCUAAACCGGCAUCGGAUCACAAUUCCACUGUUCCCAUCUUAGAGAACCCUUCUACUAUGACCCUUGAUGAUAACCAGGUCUCUGGUGAUAUUAGUGAUACCGAACAAGGUGAUAUUAGUGAUACCGCCCCAUCAACUGAGGCUAAAGGAGUUAAUCAGACUUUGGUAGGUAGUACAGAAACGCUGAUGCAUGAUAAUGAUGGAAUUGCAAAACCAGAAACUGUACCAGAUGAAGAAGAUACACAGUCUGAUGAAGACACAGAUGCAAGUGGGAUUUCCUCAGAGAGUGAUGAUGAGCCUCGAAUUUGCGGUUAUCCUGAUUUAGGGAAAAGUUCUUCAUCUGGAAAUCUAUUGGCUGAUGAAGAGCUUCCAUUGAUGGUUGCAGAUUCUUAGAUUCUGUACAUGCCUUAUAAAGAUGACAUAUCCUAUGAUGAUAACACAGUUGGAGAAGUUAAAGGUGGGGCUUCAUCAUAUGUGAGGGGCCACCAUGUACAAAUCGAUGAGACUAACAUCUCCUGUAAUAAUGGAACAGUUCAAGCAAGCGAGGGUGAAGGUUCCUCGUCAAACGUGAGCAGUGAUCAUGAACCAAAAAUAGAUUAUGUUGACUUUAGCAGUUUUUUUGACGAGCCUGCGAUAUCUGAAGGACCUGUUUUCAGACUGCCAUCUAAAGCUAAAGUUUCUGAAGCUGGUUUUGUGGCUGUCAGCAGUAAUGAUAAAACAGUUCAAGCAAGUGAGGGUGAAGGUUCCUCGUCAUACGUGAAUGGUUACCAUGAACGAGACAUUUUUCACUUUCGCAGAUUUCUUGACGAGCUUGAGAUAUCUGAAAGACCUUUUUACCGACCGAAAUCGUCUGAAGCGGGUUUUAUGGCUAUGAGCAGUAAUGAGAAAACAGUUAGGCCAGGUAUGGGUGAAGCUUAUUCAUCAUUCAUGAGCUGUGACAAUAAACAAGACAGAGAUUAUGCUGACUUUAUUAGCAGAAUGUAUAACGUCCCUGAAAGACCUGUUUUUGGACCGCCAUCUAAUGCUAAAGUUUCUGAAGUUGGUUUUAUGGCUGUUAGCAGAGACUCCGAUCCUGAAGUUGUUGCUGAUUCGGAUUCACCAGUGUCUGUAGAUGGGUGUUUGGCUCAGUUCACCAAGCCUGAGAUUUUGUCAGAAGACAAUGCUUGGCAUUGUGAGAAUUGUUCGAAGAACCUAAAACUCCAGCGGUUGAGAGAAAAGAGAGAAGCUAAAGUAGGAUUGAGCAAUGGAUGGGUGGAUGAAAAUGAAGCUAGUUCGGCAUCGGCUAUUGAUGAAUGUAUAGAUGUCGACUGUAAAGCCGGAGUCAUAGAAUUGCUAAACUGCAAGAAAGAGAAAAACGCUAUAGAUGAUGGAGUUCUGGGAGACUCAGAUGCAAAGCAAGAUCCAAUUACUUCUUAUGUUACUGAAACUCCUAUCCUCGGUAGAGAAACCAUCAGUUCUCAACCAGCCAGUGGCUAUGAAUGUGAAAACUGGGAAGACAAGGCAGUAGAUUCUGAGGAAGUGAUUGUAAAAAGAGCUGCUACUAAAAGGGUACUUGUAAACAAGGCACCACCUGUCUUGACUAUACAUCUCAAAAGGUUUAGCCAAGAUGCUCGAGGCAGGCUAAGCAAGUUACGUGGCCAUGUUGACUUCAAAGAGUACCUCGAUCUUAGCCAUUAUAUGGAUAAAACUAGGUUGACCGAAAAAGACCAGCCGGUUUAUAGGUUGGCUGGGUUAGUGGAGCAUCGAGGGACAAUGAGAGGAGGUCAUUAUAUUGCUUACAUUAGAGGUGGUGACAAGGCUAGGAGGGAGUCUGAUAUUAAAGAACCUAACGCAUCAAUAUGGUAUCACGCAAGCGAUGCUUGGGUUCGACGUGUUUCUUUUGAAGAAGUUCUCCGUUCUGAAGCUUAUAUCUUAUUUUACGAACGUAUCUGAGAAUCCCAGAGGUGGAAAGUUUCUUUCUAUAAUAUAGGUGAAAAGGACA